GGACGUGGCGGGAGGUUACAUAAGAAGCUGCUCAGGCUUCAGGAUCAAUCUGAGUCUGACUGAUCAGGACUGAAGUCGCUGGUCUGUCUGUCUCUCUGGGUUUUGUUGAAGGAUUCUGUUGGAGACGGAACCUGAAGAGAAGCUGCAGCCAUGGCAGAAGAAGAUGAGAAGAGGAAGACCAGGCCCAAAAGUGCUGUUGUGUGUGGCUACCCGAUCAGCAUCUUUUUCAUCGUGGUCAAUGAGUUCUGCGAGCGCUUCUCCUACUAUGGCAUGAGAGCCGUGCUUGUGUUGUACUUCAAGUACUUCCUGAGGUGGGACGACGACUUCGCCACCACCAUCUACCACACCUUCGUGGCCCUCUGCUACCUGACCCCCAUCCUGGGGGCCAUCGUGGCCGACUCGUGGCUCGGAAAGUUCAAGACCAUUGUUUACCUGUCCAUCGUCUACACGCUGGGACAAAUCAUCAUGGCUGUGAGCGCCAUCCAUGACAUCACAGACACCAACAAGGACGGCACGCCCGACAACAUGACCGUACACGUAGCUCUGUCCAUGGUGGGGUUGAUGCUCAUCGCCCUGGGAACCGGAGGCAUCAAACCCUGCGUGGCUGCUUUUGGUGGAGACCAGUUUGAAGACCAUCAGGAGAAGCAGAGAAGCACCUUCUUCUCCAUCUUCUACCUGUCCAUCAACGCCGGCAGUCUGCUGUCCACCGUCAUCACACCCAUCCUCAGAGCUCAGGAGUGUGGCAUCCACACCCAGCAGAAGUGCUACCCACUGGCCUUCGGUGUCCCUGCCGCUCUCAUGGUGGUGGCUCUGAUUGUGUUCAUUGUUGGGAGUGGUAUGUACAACAAGACGGCCCCUCAAGGCAACAUCAUGGUGAAAGUCUGCAAAUGCAUUGGGUUCGCCGUGAAGAACCGCUUCAGGCACCGCUCGUCUCAGUACCCGAAGAAAGAACACUGGAUGGACUGGGCUGAGGACAAGUACGACAAACUGCUGAUUGCUCAGGUGAAGAUGGUGCUGAAGGUUUUGUUCCUCUACAUCCCGCUGCCCAUGUUCUGGGCUCUGUUUGACCAGCAGGGCUCGAGAUGGACUCUGCAGGCGACCACCAUGGACGGAGACUUCGGAGUCCUCAUUAUCCAGCCCGAUCAGAUGCAGACCGUCAACCCCAUCCUGAUCCUGAUCCUGGUGCCGAUCGUGGACAGUCUGAUCUACCCGCUGAUUUCCAAAUGCAAGCUAAACUUCAGUCCGUUGAGGAGGAUGACUGUCGGGAUGUUCCUCGCUGCUAUGGCGUUUGUGGCCGCCGGUCUGGUCCAGAUCCAGAUUGAUCAAACCCUGCCCAAGUUCCCCUCGAGCACCGAGAGCCAAGUCAAGUUCAUCAACAUGGUGAACAGACGGCUGGACGUCAGGGCGGGAACCCACCAGUUCACCUUGGAGCCUUUCACGGCCAAUGACGAUUACCUGACCUUCGAGCAAAUAGUGGAUUUGAAUCUGGGGUCUAACGUCACUUAUGUGAAGAGUUUACAGGACGGCUCCCGAAAUACUAUGGUCAUCGUUCAGGACGGGGGCGAACCACGACCUUUAUCCUUCCACGACAUCACAGCGAAGCCGGAGCAGGGCGCCAAUGCUAUCAGGUUUUUCAACGGCUUUGACUCAGCUCUGAACGUAACCGUGGGAAACCAGGACUACGGGGAAACUGUCCCCAACAACAUGUCGACAUAUGUGGAUGUACCGCAGGGAGAUGCUCAGUUCCGGAUCUGGAACUCCGCCGGACAAGAGUGUGUGUACAGUCAGAAACUGGGCUUCGGCAGCUCGUACACCUUGAUCAUCCCGCCGACAUUCACCUACGACCAAAAUUGCUCGCAGAGCAUCCGACCGGUGAUGAACAUCGGGCAGAACUCCUUCCACAUGGCCUGGCAGAUUCCUCAGUACUUCCUCAUCACGGCAGGAGAGGUGGUCUUCUCCGUCACCGGCCUGGAGUUCUCCUACUCACAGGCGCCCAGCAACAUGAAGUCAGUGCUGCAGGCCGGUUGGCUGUUGACUGUCGCCGUGGGCAACAUCAUCGUGCUCAUCGUCGCAGAGGCUGCGACGCUCUCUGAACAGUGGGCCGAGUACAUCCUCUUCGCCUCCCUGCUGGUGGUCGUGUGCUUCGUCUUCGCCUUCAUGGCCUACUUCUACACCUACAUCGACCCCACCAAGAUCGAGGCGGAGUUCGCCCAGAAGGAACCCGAGGAGAAGGGAAAGACGAAGAGUCUGGAGAUGGUGAAGAAGAUGGACCCGGUCGAUCGCCUGGACGACGACAGCAGCUCCAGCUCCAGCUCCGACAACGAGGAAAAGAUGUAAAAGUAAAAACCUGCCAGGUCUGUGUUUCAUCUCCCGAGAGCCGAUUAGAUCUUCGGCCAUUUUGUACAUGCAGUGUUUAGAAUGUAAGGGACGAGCAGAAGUUGGUAAGAGAACAGACAUGGAGCUUCGACGGUUAAAGCUCUCGGACAGUAUUAGUGACGGAUCUUGACAGGGAGAAUUCUAACACUACUAUCAUUUUUAAAAAGACGUUUCUCUUUCAAUUAAAAUCCCCGGAUCUUUACUGUUUUUUUUUUUAAUCUGUAAAUUAGUUUUUUGUACAAUGAUUUGUUUUUCACCAUGUGGACACAUCUUCAUGUGACUCCCAACAAGGAGGUUGUGUGUUCGUCGCCGUCUUUUUCUUUUCUCCGCAGGAUUACUCAACAACCACAAAACCCGAUUUCCAUGAAAUUCUGUGCGGCGGCGAGGUCGGGCCUUUCCCCACGUUUUUUCGUAAAUUUCUCAAAAAAGAAUAGACAGCUUUUUGUGAAGAAAGGGAAAAAUCAGGCGUAUGUAGAGACUAAUUGUAUAUAUUUCUGUAUAUCUGAUGUGGGACCUGAUCUGGUGAUAAAGUUAGAGAGGUACGUCUUUUCAAAGAAACCAUUCUACAUUUGUAUUUAUUCCUAUUUUAUGUAUUGUGUAAUAUACUGUCACUGUACGAUACACAUGACUCAGACAAACCCUCACACACACACACACACACACACACACACACACACACGUGAGGGUUUGUAUGUAAACAUGUGUAUCAGCAGAGGUUUGGUAAUGAUUUCUAAUAAAUGUCUUUUUCCGAGUACAAAA